GAGGAAUUUGAGACCUCAGGGCAGAAUGCAGACGGGCUCCGAGUGGACUGGACUGGCGAGGACCACGACUACCCAGGGCCGGAGGUACCUGACCUUACUGAAGCUGUGAAAGCUAAGGCAGAUGGGCGGGAAGCAGCAGAAUGGAGACUUUGGAGAACUGGAGACUCGAGACCUGGGAUCCUCCACUCCCUCCACUGCGCUGGUACUGGUACUGGUACUGGUACUGGUACCGCUCUAGGUACUGGCAAUGCUGUUAGCUCCAAGCAGGCAAUCGGGGUGAUUGACAAGUACUGCCAGGUUAUUAUUGCUGCUUUGCUAUGCGUCGCCGUCGAGUGGGUGGUGUCGCUUUUGCUGAGGGGAAAAAAAAACCAACACAACAGGCCGCGGGCGGCGGGUGGGCGGUGUAAGCGAAGUGAGUGUGUCGGGGCCGGUCGAGAGCUUCCAGGUUCCUACGCCGUAAAAAAUGUACCGAUACAAAGCUACUCAGCACGACUGUACGACGAGCCAGGUACCAUGUUCAACACGACUUAG